AUGCCAUCCUCCGAAGCCGUCGUCAGCGAGGCAAUCAACCACUACACCUCGCGCGCUGGGACCUACGACGCUGCAACCGGCGGAUGGCACGCCGUCCUGGGCUGCGACUAUGUCGAUUUCCUCCCUCCACCACGCGGCGGCGCUGUCCUCGACCUCGCGUGCGGCACGGGGUUGGUUAGUCUCCCGUACGCGCAGGCCGUUGGGCCCGACGGUGUCGUGGUGGGCGUGGACAUCACGGACGCGAUGCUCGACGAAGCGCGGCAGAAACCCGUGCCCGCGGGGUCUGGCGCCGUGCAUUGGGUCAAGGCCGACGUCGCAGAUCUGUCGUCCAUCGACGCCGUGCAAGAGGUCCGGCGCGAACGGGGCGGCUUCGAUGUGAUUUCGUGCUGUUCCGCUCUGGUACUACUACACGAUCCCGCAGCCUGUGUUCGGCAUUGGGCGACGUAUUUGGUGCCCGGCACAGGCAGGAUCAUCAUCGACGUCCCCACGGAAGACCGGACCCUGCAGAAAUUGUUCACGGUGUCGUUGAGAAAAUCGCUGGGCUUGCCGAACCUGUUCGACCGGGAGUGGAUCAGGGAUAUUCAUUCUCUGGAGCACAUGUACGAGGGCGCCGGGCUCGAGGUUGAGGAGUCGUUCCGCACGAAAAGCUACAUUCCCGAGAGAGUGUUCGGGCUGGAUGAAGGGAUGACUGUGUUUGAGGAAGCGUCCACGUCGACCUAUCAAUGGGUGAGAAACAGCACCGAUCUCCUUGCCAGAGCCCGAGAUGUAUGGCCAGUUAUAUGGAAGGAGAGUCUCAACGACAACGAAAAGCAUAGAGAUGGGCACUGGUUAUAUGUCACGAUAGGAGCGAGGACAGAAUAG